AUGGACAUCACGCCCGUCUUCAACGAGAUCCUGCGCAAGCGCAAUGCGCCAAUCGUCACCGAGAAGAAGCUCAGUCUCGAAGCGAUAGACGGCUUCCUGAAAGAGGCCUACAGAAUAAACUCCCACAUCACGACCCUCCACAACAGGCUAAAAGAUGUCCGACAAGCCUACCUCUCCACCGCGCAGCCGCGCCGGCACAUCCGCACGAACACGGGGUCCACCACGGCCUCGAAAGAACCGCAGCCCAUGACGGACCGCGAGCGCGAAAACGUCGACGCCGAAGCCAAGUCGAUGCUCCGCGAGCUCAACGCCAGCAUCCGCGCGCUCGACGAGACGGAACAGCUCCGCCGCGAGACCGAGACGGCCGUCAUCCGCAAGAAGCACGCCCGCGGGCUGGGCGCCCUCGGCGCGUGGGCCGCCGGCGACGUGGCGGACGCGAGCAAGACGGCGGAGCACCUCGCCGCCGAGGCGCGGGCGCGCGACGUCGUGCUGCACCGCGACGGGGUGCUGUGGAGCCUGCGGCAGGGCCUGCAGCUGUGCGGGCGGACGCAGCAGGACAUGAUGGAGGCGAGGCUGACGCGGGAGAUGGAGAAGAACAGGAGCGUGCUGGCCAAGGCCGGGGGCGGGAGCGCGAUGCCUGAGCUCGGGGGGUUCUACGAGACCAUGAGGAAGGAGGCGGCUGCGAAGAAGGGGGUCGCAGCGGGGAGCACUGGGUUGCCGCCGGACGAGGGCGGGGCGUACGAUUUCAGGCAGGACCUCACGGAGGAGCAGAUUCAGAUGUUUGAGAAGGGGAACCAGGACAUGCUGCAGCACUACAACAGCACGUUGGACAAGGUCAGGACGGCGGAAAAGUCGCUGAUGGAGAUUUCCGAGCUGCAGACAUUGCUUGUGGGAAACCUCGCAACGCAAUCGGCACAUAUUGAGCAACUCGUGGCGGACUCUGAGAAUAUCACGGAGGAUGUUGGGGGCGGUAACAAGCAACUGAAGAAGGCGACGCAGAGGCCAAGCGCGGCGAGGUAUACCUUUUUCGCGUCGGCGGGGUUAUGUGCUUUCUUGAUUCUUUGGGACUUGAUCAUUUAG